AAGAAAAGUGAUAGCGGAAGAGAACGAUGAUUACGAUCAGAGGCCACCCCUCGACGACCGCCGGCGGAGGCCUGCUGCUGCUGAUGUUCUACGGGAUUGCGGCCCUGUCGGAUUUACUCUAAAACAUUCUACGAAUAUCAACAAAAAACACUCGUACUAGAGACGAUAGCAGUCCUGAAUGAUGGAACGGCCCCACAUCGCGAGUCUCUCCCAUUCUCGCCUUGAGUGAAAACACAAAGGACGAUGCAGUGCAGAGAGUGAACGAGGGUGGGAAAAGUUAUCACAACAAAGAUCCGACUCAGAACAUGACGACAAAAGCCGGAGGAAAGGACAGUGACGACGGUGGUGCCGCAGAGAGGAGGAAAACUAAUAGCCUCCGCCUGCGACUCGGAGACGGAUGAAAAUCAGUGCCAGCAUAAACGCCUCAAUUGACCGUGGCAUAAUCGUUUUCCUUCGCUGACGUUGGUCGAGAGACCAGUCAGUGGUGUGGUCAAAUCCUGUGUGAAAGUGUGACUGACUGUGGUGUGGCUGUCCAACCAAGGGAAGGAGAAUGUGCGUCGUUUCCUAAAGCCAUUUAUAACUGGUACAACGAGAAACACAAAACAACUCAACGGAAGUAACAGUUAAUAGAGAUACCAAAAAGAAAAACUAUUCAAGGACAUUUGGACUAGCGAUGUGUACAUAAACAAAGAAAUCACGGCGAAGAGAACAAAGAAGUGAAAAAGUUCGCGAUUCAAGAUUGUAGAUUAAAACAAAUCGGAGUCACACGCCACGAAGCGGAAAAGGCUCGGAAAAGUUUCGCUUUGUUCUAUUCCGGGCCGCGGGACGACGUCGAAAAGCGGUCAAAAUUAAUCAGCAAAUGCACAGAAAAGAUUCAGUCGUGGCUGCCCGGUUCUGCGAAGGCGGCCAUCGCUGCCUGCCCCCUAAAGAAUGCUGUGCCCAGGGGUGUUGCUAUUUGUACGCACCACCAAGUGCCCCCCGGACGCCAACGCCCGCGACGGACCACGUGCUGAAUCUGUUCCUGUUCAACCAUUGGUACUUUUGGUGCUUUGUGUUGGCCAUCGUGCUGGCCCUGCUGUGCGCCUGUUCCCUGUGGAAGAAACGCCGCCAGCUGUGCGGUUGGGGUUCUCCGGGGCAUCACUCCCAGUCGGAGGGUGAUUCGGCGGGAUCGUGCUACGCCCCGCCCCAGUACAGCCGGUGCAACUCAUUCCACAUCCAUGCACCACCGCCUUAUACGGAGGUAACCUCCAAGCCGGACUUGUAUCCGCUGGUAUUCAGCUACACCGGAGACACCGGCAAGAGCGGGAACGGUGGAGGAGCCAACUAUUUGAUGGUGCAAUACUUCCGGAAUUACAUCGUCCGCCCGGUAGGAUCACUGUCGGGGACCAGCACGGUUGACUCCCUCAGUUCCAGCUUCAUAUGCACGGCGAACGAGGCCAAUACGCUGAUUCCGCCACCCUACUCCAGGGCGGCAAGCCCUGACUUGUCGACGACGACGCGAAACUACCUGGGAAUGCCCAGGUCUGCCUCGCAGCAAGCCUGCACCUUGGAGGGCAUGGGUUCCAGCCACCGACCGAAUUCGGUUCCGAAUUCCAACUACUACGGGGUGGUUGGUGGAUUCAUCGGCGCCCAGGGAUUGAUGCUCCGGUCGUCGGAAAGUGCCCAAUUCAACAACCAUAAUGGCAAUCGCGGUACUGUUAGCGUAGAAGGUCGAAGUGGAGGUGAUGUGAGUGAUCAGUCCGGCAGUUCAGCGCCCAUCUCCGGAUCUCAAAGUGACCACUACCGGUUCAGUGUACAUAACAGCACCAACAACAAUAACAGCAUUGCUAGCGAAGCCUCCAACCCUAUAGGACUGAUCUACUCGCAGCAUCACGCGCCUUCCACAGUGCAAUCCAGUCGGAACGGUUCCUUGGAAGGCAGCAUCGAUGCCGUGGGGCAGCAAGCUCCCAGCGAGCACUCCCACAGUAUCAAUAGCAACAACAACGCAGCUGGCAACGCUGUCAACAUUAGCACAACCUCGCAUAGAAACAGUUUGACCAACGCCAAUAUCUACAGCUCGUGCGGUUCGAUCGGGGGUAUCUCCAUCACAAUCCCGGCAAACUCCGAAAGCGAAUUCCAGGACCUGAACGCGCUGCGGCGCAGUCUGGAAACCUGCUGUCAAAUCCUCCAACAGCAGCAGAAGCAAGCGCAGUUUCACGCACACCAGCAGCCUUCUUCCGGUUUCACAGCAAACAGCGAAGACUCUCCGAUCAACAUCGAACUAGCGAAAAAAUUCGAAGGCCUUCGCAGUUCCUACAUUGGGUCGAAUACCGGCUCGAACGUGUCAAGUUUGGCGAAUCUGGGAACCCCCGACUCACCGCCCCGGGCAACCAGCCCCACGCUCGAGGUCCGAGAGCUGCUGGAGCAGAUCCGACAGCUGCAGAACAUCAGCGCCACCAACAGCACCAGCGAAGGUAUCAUCAUUAUAAACCCGCAGGUUUCGUCAACGGGAACCGGCGUCGGUGCCUCGAGCAACUCCAUCAACAACAACAGCAGCAAUCCCAGCAGCGUAGCCACGGCUCCGCCAACAACUUCACACUUGAGACGCCCUUCCUCCCUCAUCAGUAAGAAAAAGUUCUUCUCGAAAGUGCCCUCGCAAGGAUCGGCCCUUGGCUCCGGCGGUCGCAAAGCAAUGUACAUCCCUAUUGUGACGAAUCAGAACUGCGGUGCUGCGGCGCCAUCAUCCGCCGCCGGUCAUCAUCGCUCGCUGAGGAGCCCUUCGGCAAUGGCCAGUGCUGCGGCAGCUGGGCUGUUGGGCCGAGGGCGAAACCGAUGCAGCAGCUGGAUGUCCAAAUCGGCACCGACGACUCCGGGAACCGGUUUGCCCCCGGGUGGCAGCGGUGGUGCCAGCUCGGGAAUCGGAACCAUGAUUGGGGACCACAGCCCUCUGCUGUUGAACGAGCAGGACGAAGAAGGUGAACAGAAUGUGUAGAAGUGGCGGUAGUGGAUGUUUUUUCGGAGAUCUUUUUGGUGUGUGUUACAAAUGAGUAUCGUUAGAUAAUGAUUAGCAUAAGGAGGAACUUGAGUUGGAGGGCUUUAUGUUUUAGAAUGUAGAUUAAUUGUUUGGACAAUCAUUAUGUUGGAUAGUACUGGGAUAUCGGAGGCUAUUUGACUGCUAGUAAAUUAAAUAAUUUGUUUAUAAAAUCGUUAAAUCUAAAUCUUUUUAGGUACGGGUACAACAGGUACAACUACUCGAUUCUGAGUGCAAAUUUGAUGGGUUCCAGGAUGUGAGCAUUCGAGGCGUAUUUAACUUACUUGUUCUAAAAUCUUACUUUGUAAGUACUCGUCAGGUUCCAAAGCAUUCCCUUGUCAACAAUCCGGACGAAUUCUUGUCAGGAUUUGAUGCGAAUCCUUGUCUGGAUUGCUUGUCAAUAUUUCAAGCGAAUGGUUACCAGGAUUCGAGGCGAACCCUU